AUGAAUAUGUUCAGAAAUGUGCUAGAAAGGGGAGGUCUUUUUGACCUGAGUUGGAGGGGAGACAAAUUUACUUGGAGUAACAAGCAUGACAAUGAGACUUUCACUAAGGAAAGGCUUGAUAAGGUAGUAGCCAAUUUAAGAUGGAAGGAGAUCUAUAAAGAAGGGUGGCUAGAGGUGUUAACAGCAAGAUGUUCAGACCAUAGACCCCUUUUACUGAGUAUGAACCAGGUUCUUUCAAUAGUAUGGAGGAGGAGGAGGAUGUUUAGAGAUGAGGCUAGAUGGUCUCUUGAGGAAGGUUGUGAGGAAGUCAUAAAAAAUGCUUGGACCAUGAGGCAAGUAGGGGGAGAUUCAGCUAAGACUCUUCAGAAGUUGCUGGAAGACAACAAAGGAGCAUUUGUUAAAUGGAACAAGCGAUUAGAGAAUAACAAGGGCAAAAUAUUGAAAGAAAAAAUAGAAUUGUUGAAAAACUUACAGAUGAAUGAAGGGAGUCAUAAUAUGGUGGAAAUUAAAAAACUUCAAAAUGAGAUAGGGGUCUAUUUAGAAAUGGAGGACUUGAAGUGGAGGCAAAGAGCAAAGUUGGACUGGUAUCAACUGGGUGAUCGUAAUACAAAGUUUUUUCAUAGCUGUGCCGACCAAAGGAGGAAAAAGAAUUGGAUAAGACAGAUUCAUGAUGAACAAGAUAAGAUGCAAACAGAGCCUGAAAUGAUAGACAAGGUGUUUAAUGAAUACUUCCAGAAGUUGUUCAAAUCCACAACCCCAAGUGAUGGGGAUAUUGAAGCUUAUUUGUAG